UUCAAGAUGGCUGCGCCCAGUGGAGGUUUUCCACCUCGUGAGCGGCGAGGCGGAGAGCGUGAAGAGGACUAUGGGGAGGUGGUGGCCCCCAAAAGGCCCCGCUUCGGGGCGGGAAGCAAGAUCGGAGGCCGAAGGCUGAUUGUGGUGUUGGAAGGGGCCAGUUUGGAGACAGUCAAGGUGGGGAAGACCUACGAGCUGUUGAACUGUGACAAGCACAAGUCUCUACUCUUGAAGAAUGGCCGGGAUCCCGGAGAAGUGAGGCCAGAUAUAGCUCACCAGAGUUUACUGAUGCUGAUGGACAGUCCCCUGAACCGGGCAGGCUUGCUCCAGGUGUAUGUGCACACACAGAAGAACGUGCUGAUUGAAAUCAACCCCCAGACCCGGAUUCCCAGGACCUUUGACCGAUUUUGUGGCCUCAUGGUUCAGCUUUUACACAAACUCAGUGUUCGAGCAGCUGAUGGCCCCCAGAAACUCUUGAAGGUCAUUAAGAAUCCAGUGUCCGACCAUUUCCCUGUGGGCUGUAUGAAAAUCGGCACUUCCUUCUCCAUCUCGACCGUCAGUGACGUGCGAGACCUGGUGCCCAGCAGUGACCCCAUUGUUUUUGUGGUGGGCGCCUUUGCUCACGGCCAGGUCAAGGUCGAGUACACAGAGAAGAUGGUGUCCAUCAGCAACUACCCGCUGUCUGCUGCCCUCACCUGCGCAAAAGUCACCACGGCCUUUGAGGAGGUCUGGGGGGUCAUCUGAGAACAACCUGGUUCUGAAGCGCACACACUGGACUUUACUACUGCCUUUGGCUGGAAGACGGCCUCCUUGGCAUAGACACUUGGGUGGGGAAGUCGAGACUGGACAUCUGUUUGUUUCUUCUAUAAAUAUGUUCUUGUAAACUU